GAUUCAAUACAAGUUAAUGCUUAACUUGGAGUAGCCAAAUGUUUAGACGACGCCGUUGUAACUAACCAUCUCCAUCGUGCUUUGGUCAUGGCGGCCGCCGCCGCUUCUUCUUCGCAGUCUCAUCUUUCGGCAGCUCUCGCCGCCAGAGGCUGGUGUUUAAAAGACACUGACCGAAUUCGAGAACUCAUCACACCAUCUGCCGCCCUCGAUUCAGUUGAAUCAGAGCUUCUCAAUAUGGACUUGCGAUCGUUUGGCGGAAAAUGCUUGCCGCAACCUUCUCUUCUCACCAAAACCUCUCAUCUUCAAGGUCCAAUUGUGCUUCAGGUGUGCUCAAGCAGAGAUAUAUCUCGGAGUAGUCUGGCUGAGGCUGCUUCAGAAAAUUCAAACAACAGACGGCUGUUACUAUUGAAGCUCACAGAUGGACACAAUGAAAUAACUGCUAUAGAGUACUCACAUGUGCCGUCAUUUCCUGAUGAUAUUAGCCCUGGGACAAAGGUCAAGCUGCAGAAUAAAGCUGAUAUGCGCAGUGGUAUUUUGUGUUUGAACAAAAAUGUAAUUACUGUUUUAGGCGGCGUUGUUCAGUCUCUUUACGAAGAAUGGCAGUUAAAGCGCAAGUACAUGAAUGUUUCUCGCUACAAGCUCAGGCCAUCACAAGAAAAUGCAUCUAGCUAUCCUCCAUCAUUCGAAAAGCUCCAAGUUCGAACCGGACGAGGCCCUUCGUCUACUUCAUACACUCCGUCUUCUGAAGCGGCAUACUCAAAUGAUCAUCGACAAAGUCUCGCUGCAAGAGGCGAGUGCUCCAAUUUGCGCCAGAAUGUCCAGCUCCAGAAAAAUAAUGAAACCAAAGAUGGUUUAACUGAUGGAGCAAAGCUGCUUCACUCAAAUGAAGGAAAUCCCGAGAAGGCAACUGCCUCAGAAAGACCAAAAGUUGUGGCAUCUGUACCUGUUCAAAAUCAAGUAGCGGCUCAGAAACUUCUCCAGAAAACAAGUCAGCCUAGUUUUGGUGAUCGCAAUUCUAGAUUUCAGAGGCGUAGGGGAAAGGAUACAGAAGAUGACUCAUCUUUGCUCACCCUUGAUGAGUGGGAAAGGAGGAAAACAGGAGGCAAUCUUCAGACAACACAUGAGCACCACCACUACACUGAAGAUGAGGAGCUUGCAAGACAGCUGCAGGAGCAAUUUGAUUUGGAGGAAAACCAUGUACAAAAUGAUCCGCAUAUGAUGGAUGCUAAAAGUAUAAAGAUAAGCAUGUUCAGUUUCGAAAGAGAUGAUGCUGGAGCUUCCAGUCGAACUGAAUUCAGGGGAAGAGGGAGAGGAAGAGGUAGAGGACGAGGGAGAGGAAGGGGAAGGAGAUACUGAAGCACUGGUAAAGUUCAAUCUGAAUUCGUUGUUCAAUUUCUUUACCUUUCUAGUUAGUAGUUGUCCUUGACUGUGAUUGGCAAAUACUUUAGGAAAACAUUUAUUGGAAUUAUGCAUUCCUGUUUGCUUUA